GCCCAGUCGGAGGUAAAGGGAGGCUGUUCGACAUAAGAGAUCUGAGUGGGUCGCCGAGAGAGGUUCAAAGACAAUGAUGGAGUUAAUGACUGGCACCCCUCCAAAUCUCUUUAAUGGAACAGAUGACUUUGGAAGUAAUGGCUCUAUGUAUGAUGAAAGCACAGAGUAUGACUACAGGAACGAGCACGCCGAUUUGAGGCAUUCUCUGAACACCAUGUCUAUCGUUGUGUACUCCCUGGCUUUUGUCCUCGGUGUGCUCGGGAAUGGAGUGGUUAUCUGGGUGACCGGGUUCAAGAUGAAGAAAACUGUUAACACAGUUUGGUUCCUCAACCUUGCUGUGGCUGACUUCCUCUUCACUAUAAUCCAUCGUCUCAGAAGAAACCGCACACUGGCCAAUCAGUCAAGUCGCCCCUUUAAGAUCAUCGCUGCCAUUAUCAUCACUUUCUUUCUUUGCUGGGCUCCCUUUCACAUCAUGGGUCUAAUUGAGAUGGCAAAUUACAUGCCAGAAUAUUCAAGUGAGAUAUUAGAUGAUAUCACCAUAAUUGGGUUACCAAUAGCCACCAGUAUGGCCUUUCUCAACAGCUGCCUGAAUCCACUGCUGUAUGUGUUCAUGGGCCAAGAUUUUAAAGAUAAAGUCCGCAAAUCCAUCCUGAUUGUGCUGGAGAGUGCCUUCCAGGAAGAGGUUUCUCGCUCAUACACCUAUACAAACUCAAUGGUCACCACUCGCAGCAAAGAUAAGUCAUUUUCUGAUGCUGAGUUAUAAGGCCGUUAAAGACAUGAAUAAACUUUCUGAGUAGAAAUAACUGUAUAACAAAUCACUUUUAAACAACUUUUAAUCAAAAGUUCUCUUAAUCAAAAGAGUUAAUCUGUCAGGUGUACAGGAGGAUUUCCUCUUUAUCUUCACUUUUUUGUUGUGACAGCAGAGUGUUUCUCAGCUACAGCCUCUUAGACUUUGUUUUAGUGAUACUGUACAAUAAGCUUGCAAUUCAUUUAUGUGUUAAAGCAUUGAGUAUGGUUAAAAUUGUUUCAGUGGCAACUAUUUAGUAUUUAUAGCAACACCUGAAAUGAGAUGCGUGUUACUUCUAAGGUGUUCACAAUCUGAGUUAAAUGUAUCGAUCUAUGGUAGGUGUGAUGUUUUAUUAGUUUUGCUGUCACACUUUCUCAGACUCAGGGUAUAAAAAGAUCUGCAAAUUUUUCGAGAAGAGAAACUAGUUUCAGAAUUGGUAAUUUGUUUGUGGUUGAAUUCAUGCAACACAAGCAAUACCAAUGUAUCAUCUGUAGGAAGGAAGCAUCUUUUGUUCACACUCCAGUAAAUUUCUUCUUCUCUGCAUGAGACAUAAAAGAAACCAGAUUAGAAGUGCAUUACCAGUUCAAGAAUAGGCCUUAACUUCUGGUUUUACUGAUCACCGACAUAGUAAUAAAGACUGUGCUUCUUGCUAGACAAUACAUUGUCCUGUUAAUUAACCUAUCAAAUUUUACCCUGUAAAUAAGCACCUAGAGGUGACCCUUGUUAUGAUUUGUCAAUACAUAAAUACAACAGAAUUUAAAUUAGAUGAAUCUACAAAACUGAUUCUGCCCAGUAUAAAUGGUGGAGUUUGAAAUAAAAGUUUUGAACCACUGAACUAACUGAUAACAAUUAUGAUUGUAAAUGACAAAACUGGCUCACAAUAUUGAAAACAAAUGGCACCUUUAGGUACAUAUGAAAGUAAAAUGUGUAACCCUGUAAUCAAAUUCUCAUUUGACAGAAAUCUAUUCUAGUAUUUAUUUGAACAUAAUGAACAACAGAUCUAAUGGAUACAUAGUGACUAUAGAACCACUGGAAAGCUGAUAGGGAGUGAGAGGUCAAUGUCUGUGGCCUUCAUAAGUAUUGCUAUAAUUCUUCAAAUAUUAAUUAAUUCUGUUUGUAACCAAAAAGACUACAAAUCUACAUUUUUUUACAUUUCAGAGAUAAAAUCAGCCUUUUGGAGGUUUACCUCAACAACUAAACUAGAAGGAACAGUUGUCAGCCUUGUUGCCAGUCCUCGAUCUAUCAAAUGAAUAAUCAUCCAAUCGGUAAAAAUGUUAUGAGUUUGGUAAGCAUGUCGUCAACAUUAUAUAAUCUUGAUUCCACUAUAAGAAAAACAUUUAUUUUUUAAUUUUUUUAAAUCCCAAAUGGCCAAAUCUACUUGUCUUUAAAUGUCUAUAAGUAUUGUAUUACUAUUGUGAAUAUUUCUGUCAACAUUAUUUGCAUCAAUAAAACAUUUUUGGCUUUAAUGCUUUCCCACUGAUAAUGUCGACCUACAUCUCAUUUCAUUAUCAAAACAUAAAUGCAGAAAACAACUU